UUCAGCAGAAAACCGCAAAAUUCUCUUCUUCCUCGGUUCGGUUCCGGCGCUCUCGUUGCUCUCCUCCGGUUCCUCGCCACUCCCUUUGCCGGGGCUGCCAACCCUCCGGCCAUCCGCACCUCGCCGCCGCUCGGCUCUCACCACCAUCCGCCCACCUCUGCUCCCGUAUCUCUUUAUCUACGCGCGGAGCUACACCACAUUGGAGAGCAUACCAUAACCCUAGCUAGGGUGAUAGACCUCCGGAUGGAGGCCGCCGCCUCCAGCCUCUCGUCGCUGCUCGUCAGCCUCCGCGUGGACGGCCCCUGGACGCCGCCUGCAGCCUGGGAUUCCAUCGCCCCCGAGAGCGCGUCCGCCGGUGUUCCUGACCCUGCAGGGCGUCCCUCUCGGGAUCCAAUCUACGAGCUCACCUCCGUUCCUGAUGCUGCUUUGGUUCGUUUGGCUUUGCAUGCACUGCAUGGUGUCAAAUCAUCGCUAGAUGAGAUUGACGAGCUUUCUGUGUUGUUCUCCUCAAGUCCGGCAGACAGGACAUCUCAUCGCAUUGCAAAUGUGUGGUCACGGUCAUCUAGCACUGCCUCUAUAGGACAUAUUCUCAAUUCUAUAGGCUCUACAGGUCUUGCAGUUUUCUUCCUGCGCAAGUUUGUGCACUAUUAUCUUUUCCAAAGUCGAGAAGUAAAUUGUGGAAAUAGAGAAGGACAUGGACAUGAUGUUUCUGAUGACAAAGAUACUGAGCAUUCUCCUCCUUAUAGUCUAGUGAACCAAGCAUUUGCUGCAGCAGUUGAAAAAGUUCUAGAAGGCUAUUUCUGUUCCUUGAAUACUUUACCACCUUCAAUUAAGCUGAGGCGGUCAGUGGGACAACCUGAUAGACCUUCCAUGACCUCAGAUAGAGCUAGUUGUAAUUCUAGCUCUGAAAUCACUCUUCUGGAAGUUUAUCUCCACACCGAGGAGUUGAGAAGGCAUAUUAAGUCCCUUGGAAAUAUUUGUUUUCCUAAGUUUGCAGGUCUUGCAUUAUGCCAGGAGGGUUUGACUACUGAUUCUAACUUGGAGUUUGAGAAUUUUCCGCGGGGCACUGAUUUGCUUUCUUAUUUGUAUGUCCGCCUUCGUGAUGCUGAUCCAGUUCACUAUGCUCUUUUGAAAUAUCUCUUCAUUCGUUCGUGUGAACCAUACUGUAACUUCAUUAAGUUAUGGAUUUACCGAGCUAGUGUUGACGACCCUUAUGAAGAAUUUCUCAUAACACAAACCGAGAACAGCCAGAUUCAAGGAGGUUCGUUGGGCCCACUAGGUGUCACUGCAUUGCCCUUCAAGGGAAGUAAUCAUGUAUCUGUUCCAUGUUUUCUGAAAGAUAUAUGCAAUCCUCUUUUACGCACUGGGCAGCAGCUUCAAGUGCUCAUGAAGGUUGUAAAGUCAUGCAAUCUUUGUUCUACUGGAGGAGAUAAUUACGACGCUAGUAAAACUAUCCUUCUGGAGGAAAUUCUCCCAUGGUUUGGUACGCCAAUUGAGUGCUCAGUGAAUUCAUUUACUUUCUCAAAAAGCAAGGCUGAUGCAGUAAUAUGUCAGAGAGACGCUAUGUACAAGUCAAUGCUAGAGAAGCUCCAUCAUUAUUUCUUAAAUAUUGAGAUAAUUCCUUUUGGUCCUCCGUCAAACUCCCUGCAUAAAAGUAAAAGCCCUCUAGACACAUCAGUUUCAGAUGUGGAGCUAUUGUAUGGCGGCAUCCAUGCUCUACCAACUUGUGAUAUUAUGUCUGCAGAUGAAAAAGACAAUGAUGCUUAUUCAACAUCGCAAGAAUCUUCAGAUAAACUAGAUCCUCUGGAAUCUUCAGAAUGCUCUUCUUCUUAUAGUUCUAUGGAUGAAAUUGAGGUUGAGAGUGGCAUCACUUGUGGUAAUUUGUCUAGUUCCAGGUUUUCGUUGUACCAUGCAAGUACAGGUGAAGCAAAAUGCUCCUCAGAAACCCAAAAUGUGCUUUCACAUCAAACUAGUUCUCGUCACAACGGGACAAACUCUUCAAGCCCUAAUGAUGAGGACCAUAGAAAUGUUGAUUUGGGUUGCAUCAACGUUCCCAUGCACUCGCAGAAUGUGGAACAUAAUGUGAUGCCUGAUGCUCUAGAACUGGAUUACCAGUAUAGUAAAUUUUGGCCAUUUGGCAAAUUUCCAAAGAACACAUUUAAUAGUUCCCCUGGAAAAAUGUGUUUAGUUGAUGAGUUUCUGUAUACGGACAAUGAAAGUGCAGUGGAGCAAGUAUCACAUGAUGAUGUAGUUUAUCCAUCACACACAGAUAAGUCUUGCAAGAUAAAUCAUUCAUGGAAUUCUAGCAUUUCUUACAAUCUCAGCACCAAUCCCAUUCUGAAGAAUGCGGCUGGUCAUCAUAUGGAGAGUGACUUGCGAGGAAAAUGGAAAAAUCAAGCACUUGAAAGCUUUGCUUUCGAGUCAGUCACAAAUCCAUGUGAAGUAUACUGUGAAAGAAGUACGUCCCUUGUGGAGUCUGAAGCCGGAGCUACAAAGGUUGUACAUUCCACUGCUCAGAAACAGCCUGAUUGUUCCAGCGAGCUUCUUCAAGCUAAGACAGGGAGUCAGGGAUACCUUGCUUCAUCAGGAGAAACGGAAGCAAGUGAUAAUCUUCCAAAAUAUGUCUGCGGGGGAGCAUUAUGGGAGAAAUUGUUAGAAUAUACUGCUAAAUCAACAGAAAAGAUAGCUGGAGAUAGUAGUUCAGCAUCUGAUAUGCCACUUGAUAUAGCUAUUGACAAGUGCAUUAUACAAGAAGUUCUGCUUCAAUAUAAAUAUGUUAGCAGCUUCACAAUGAAGUUGCUUGAGGAGGGUUUUGAUCUUUGUGGACAUCUACUAGCACUACGACGGUACCAUUUCAUGGAACUAGCUGACUGGGCAGAAUCUUUUAUUGUUUCCAUUUAUCAUAAGAAAUGGUUCUCUGUUAAGUCUGAGCAGAAAAGAGCAGAGAUCCAAGGGCUUCUUGACUUGGCCUUGCAGAGGUCUUCAUGUGAUACCGAUCCUUAUAAGGAAAAACUGUUUAUAUACAUGAAAGAACAGCCAGUCAUUUCUGUGGCAGCCUCUGAACAUGGUUUCCACAUGCUGGAUGACUUCUUGCUGGGUUAUAAAGUUGAUUGGCCAGUGAAUAUUGUCAUUACAGAGGAGGCACUUAGGAGAUAUGCUGAAAUAUUCUGUUAUCUUGUUCAAGUCAGGUUUGCAGUCUUUUCACUGACUGAAGUAUGGCGGUUUCUAAAGGAGUUGACACAGUUAAUCAGUCGCUCUGGCCGCAGUAGACCUGAUAUAUUGAAAAAAUUAAACUCUGUGAUGAAAGUGAGACAUCAAGUUUACCAUUUUCUAUCAACAUUACAGCAGUACCACCAUUGCAAUUUGUCUGAUAUAUCAUGGCGUCGUUUUCAACAUUCCCUUAAACAUCAGGUUAAAGAUAUGCGGGAUAUCGAGUAUGUGCAUUUGUGUUAUGUUACAGACGCACUUCACAUAUGUUUCUUAUCCAAUGAGACAAAACCAGUUGCCACCAUAAUCAAAAGCAUGCUUCAACAAGCUUUGGAGUUCCGGUCAUGCUUUAAGAGUCUUAAUGACCUUUCCGAAUCAACAGUUAAUCAGCUUAAUCUGCAUUCUCUUAUAAACUUCUCUCAGGUGGACGCAAUUAGAACGAGGUUUGAGAGUAACAUCAAAGAUUUGUAUAUUUUGCAUUCGAAGUCUUCAAAGUAUGAGGAGCUUGGUCUUUCUCGCUUCUGGGGGUAUCUGAACUACAAUGAGUAUCACUCUUUGAAAAUCACCAAGGAUGUGGGCUGCUUCUACUUCUGACAUGACAAUGUGAAAAGAGGUGCAUCCAUUUAUCUUGCAAUUUCCGGAACUAGUUCACCUUUUGCAUCCCUUCAUGACAAAAGUUAGUGAGUGUGAUUGUGUGCUAGUUGUGAGGUCUCUUUGCUUGCAUUUGCAAGCAGAAAGAAGAAGCAGAACGUGGGGGGAGGCUUCUUCAUUCAGAGAUACAUAUUGUUAAGAUCAGCAGUUCUUGUAUAUUCCUUUCACUAAAGAGAUUGGAGCUGUGUUAUUGAUUAAUUUAUGGAGCUUUUAUACUUGAAGAUGGAAUGCUCGGUUGGGAAGUUAUAAUGUUGGAAAUUCAUUUCAAAAUUUUCAGUGAAAAGGGGAAGUUACAUGACUUGAAAACUCUGGCAAUAUUGUGGGUUUACUUGGACAAUGAAGGUCCUUGCCUGCCCUCUGGCCUCCUGCCAUUGACGGUGCAUCCAAAGUGCGGGCAUCCAGGCAUAGUGAUGCCGUACCUGGUAUUUGAUGUCCUGACUCCUGACCUUACUGGGGCCUCCUUGUUGCCCUCUCAGCAAUUGCAACAAGAUCACCACUAACUGGGCGACAGGACAGAUUGGUUAUGGGACUCUGUUCUUUGGUAAAAUUUGUUGAACCUACCAUAAAGACAUCGCUGCCAAGUCACUACUAAAAUCAUGUCCAUUCGGGACGUGAAGUUGUACACCAUAUGUCAUCAAAUGCUAACCAAAUCCAGUGGUCUGUCCCCCACAAACCACAAUGGAUGGCUUGGUGCUGCUGCCUUCGAGGGAUAUGAUACUGUCUACUCGUUUCUCACUGUUGAAAAUUUGAAGUUGCUGGAUGAAAGUUGGUGUUCCCCUCUUGAAUGUCAGAUUUUCUGGGUUUGAUUCUGGUAUUUUUCAUUUGAAAGUUGGGUACUUUUGGGUUGAUAGUUCUAAAUUUGUUCAAUGAAAAAUUUGGUGGUUGGAAAAUUGCACACUCCCAUUGGAAGUUCUGGUUUUCGAAACUGCUGAAUUUAUGCUGAAGGCUACCACGAUCUGCAAUGGUCAAAGAGAUGUUAUCUGACCUGCGAAUCAGAUGUUCGCAGAGCUGAUAGUUGCAGAUCUAGCUGAAAUUGUAAACACUGGCAGAGUGGAGUUCUUGGAAGAAUGCGGAGCGAUGCUCUGUGAGACACCCUAGCUCAGCUGUCUUAUCCUUUCAGGUGCCAAUUUGGUGCAACUGGUACCCUAUACUUUCCAAUGCAAUAUCCUAUGCCGGCAUACAAGUAUGUUAUCUACUUGUCUCGAUGUUUUGCUUGGUCAGCGUGCCAUCACUUCCAUGUCCUGAUACCUGUAGUUCAGACAUGCGCUUUGUGUCUGCCUUAUAACAGUGUAAAAUCGAGGUUAGUUUGUGUGGUUUCGUGUA